AUGGCAGCAACAAAGAGAAAUCUCCUUCUCAAGGUUUCUUUUGUCGCCUUGGUUUUCCUUGGACUUUCAGUGUGGCUUACUCGUACUUAUCAACCGGUCAUCCCAUAUAAGGAAACAUCUACUACAACAUCACUCCAAGGUACUGAGCCUGCUUCUACUCCUGAACCCCCAAUCGAUCGUUGCACUGCUACACUUGAUGGAAAACCACGCCAACAAUAUGCUAUUAUGGUUGAUGCCGGUUCUUCUGGUUCGCGUAUACAUGUCUACCGCUUUAGCAUAUGUCACGAAGAGCCUCAAUUAGAAAAUGAAGUAUUCCAUAUGAUUGAGCCAGGACUAUCUGCUUACGAAAACGACCCCCAGGAAGCAGCAAAAUCUCUGGAUAUAUUGAUGGAAAUUGCCAAUGAAAACAUACCAUUGGAAGAAAAGCAUUGUACACCCCUGGCCGUGAAAGCAACUGCUGGGUUACGUCUAUUGGGAAACGACAAGAGUGAAAUGAUUCUGGAAGCUGUACGUUCGCGAUUAAAGUCUACCCAACAAUUUCCAUUGGCAGGAGAUAAUGCUGUAGAAAUAAUGGAUGGAAAAGAUGAAGGUGUUUAUGCAUGGGUUACAGUAAACUACUUGUUAGGUAAUCUAAAGCCUUCUCGAAGAGGCCAAUCCGCUGCUAUAUUUGAUCUUGGCGGAGCAUCAACUCAGAUUGUAUUCGAGCCACAAAUGACUUUGAGUUCAAUGACAAAGGGCGAGCAUGAAUACAAGCUUACGUAUGCAAAUCAAGUUUAUCACCUGUACCAACACUCCUAUCUUGGAUAUGGGCUUACAGAGGCUCGUAAGGCAAUCAGGAUGGCUGCAAUUGAGGCAUCUAAAGAAGAAGCGAUCCGUGACAAGCAUGUGUACGAUCCUUGUAUGCCGACAGACCAUGUAGAGAAACAUUCAUGGACUGACCCUGCUACAGAUAUAACACAUACCAUUGACAUUAUUGGUAUAGGUGCAGGACAUGAUGCCUGUAAAAAGACAGUUGAGCAUGUAUUUAGAAAAGACAAACUCUGCAAAUUACAAGCUUGCGGAUUCGAUGGAAUAUACCAGCCUUCUAUCAGAGAGACAUUCAAAACGCAAGAUCUCUAUGUGUUUUCUUUCUUCUACGACCUUACUCAACCCUUGGGUAUGCCGUCCGAGUUUUCCGUUGGGGAACUCAGUGAGUUGGCAGCCAUGGUAUGUCACACUGACCACCGGCCAUUCCUACACUACCCCUCUGCUAUUGAGACAAUCAAAUCUUCGCCAGAAUAUUGCGUGGACCUUACAUAUAUAGAUAAUCUAUUGCGAUUUGGGUACGAUAUUCCAAAAGAUCGGUUGGUCCGCACAGCAAAGAAGAUUCGUGGGGCUGAAACUGGGUGGUGCUUGGGUGCAUCUAUUGCAAUGAUUGAUCAAGUUAAAGUGUGUCAAUUAUAA